ACAAAUAUUUACCAGUGAUUUAAAGAGUUUUGUUUUUAUUUUUUACGUGAUAAAGUGAGGAGGGACGAAAGUGUUGCUUUGAAGCGGAGUCAGCUUUCCUCUAACUUUAUUAACACAGGCGUGGUUGACAGGACAGACUCCGGCUUGCCCUUCAGUGCAGCUGCUGAGUUUGACUCCUUUCAGAAACUAUCGAUCACUGUCCGGACUUCGGGGAUCAAUCGGUCAGCUGUGGGUCAUGGCGGCAAAGCUUUUGCCUGUAGUCAAACUCGCCACUAAGGUGGGCAUAGCGGGAGGGGCCGUGUACGUGGCCUACGACUCCGGGCUGCUGGGGGGCAGCGAGCAGGGCUCCGAGGCCCUGCAGAAGGCCAGAGCCGCGGUCCCCCCCGCCAUCGAGGAGUGGAUGAAGUACUUCGGCCUGCAGACUCAGCUUCCAACCAUCCCGAACAUCGAAUUCUCUCCGGUCCAGGCCUGGAACUCUGGAGUGCGGUGGUCCAUUUCCAGGCUCUCUGAAGCUCCAACCAAAGCAGGAGAAAUGACGACUCAGGGGGUUCAGUAUGUGAGGGAGCUCCUCAAGUGAACUGGACCCCCCAUGACCCCCUGUGUUAGUUUGACUUUUGCACUGGACGGCUCAGAUCGCCUCCUCCCUCCCAGAGCAGGACGAUGGUAACAUCACUCAUGUUUCAGCCGCCGAGGCAUGUGAUGAAGACUGUGAUGAAUCUGAGAUGAAGCUUUUCUUUGAGUAAAGCCGCUUAUUUAAAUCA